AUGGAUUUCGCGCCACCGGACACCUUCGAUACUCCAUCAUAUCCAAGACAGAUGUCCGGUGUGGGAGCUGCAGAUCUGGACAACCUAAAUGGUAAUGCGGUUAUUGCAGGCCCGUUUGUCAAGAUCGAUGAUCCGCCCAAAUUCGAGCUAGAAUCGUACAUUGCAAACUACACUGGCCGGACCAGAUUUAAUCGCCUGUUCCUUAUAGGCACGUGUUCUACAUACCUCUCCAUCGAAGCACUUAAGUCUGCGAUCGCAGAAGCCAAAUCGAACAAAGACGUUUCACGAUAUGAGCGAACAGUGCGAGCACUGGCAGAGGUUGCGCCCAAUGACGCUGAAGCGACACUAGACAAGGACUGGGUAGAUCGAAUGAACAAGGUCGUCAAGGCUGAGACUGACCGUUUAGAGCAUGAGUUGAAAGGGUAUAAAAACAACUUAAUCAAAGAGAGUAUUAGGAUGGGAAACGAGGAUCUCGGACAGCACUACCAUCAAAUCGGUGACCUCGUCGCAGCGUCCAAGGCCUUUUCUCGCAUGAGGGAUUACUGUACAACACCAAGCCACAUUGCUUCGAUGUUGUUCAAGAUCAUCAAUGUUGCUAUUGAGCGGGGCGAUUGGCUCAGCGUCCAGUCCAAUGUGCAACGAUUGCGCAAUAUUCAGUCGAAGCAGGAGGAACAAGUGAAAAAUCAGCCCAAAAUGGCCGCCGCCAUGGGUCUGUCCCAGCUACACUCUGGGUCAUAUUUAGAUGCGGCGAACAGCUUUUUGGGGACCGAUUCCAGCCUAGGAGACUCGUACAACGAAGUUCUCACCUCCAACGAUGUUGCUGUAUAUGGGGGACUUUGCGCGCUUGCUUCCAUGGACCGCCAUGAGCUCCAACGCCGCGUACUCGACAACAGCUCGUUUCGUAACUUUCUCGAGCUAGAGCCGCAUAUUCGUCGAGCCAUAUCCUUUUUCUGCAAUUCGAAAUUCCGGCCAUGCCUGGACAUCCUCGAGUCCUAUCGAGCCGAUUACCUCCUGGACAUUCAUCUUCAGCGCCAUGUCACGAAUUUAUACACCCGCAUCCGCACCAAGUCCAUCCAGCAGUAUCUCGUUCCGUUUAACCGCGUCACACUCGAUUCCAUGUCGCGGAUCUUUGCCCCCAGUGUCGCUGGCGAACAGUCUCCCCCCAUGGAUCUAAACUCGCCUUUUGUUCAGGAACUGGUGGGCCUGAUACAGGAUGGCACCUUGGACAUCCGCAUCGAUCUUGAGAAAAUGGUCCUAGUAUCCAAACAAGUAGACCGACGGACCGAAGUCCAACACGCAAUCGUAAACAACCUGUCAGAGUUCACCCGCGAGGCCCACAUCCGGCUAUUACGGGCUAACAUUAUGCGCGCGGGUCUGGAGGUGCGGAAUACGGAGGACAGAUCAAAAAUGAUGCCACAUGGACAGGGUGGAAAAUCCUCCCGGAAUACAGCAGGGUUAUUCUAG